GUUCGAGCACAUGAGCAAGGCCGGCUGCCCGGUGCCCGAGUCGGCCAUCUUCUGCUCGCAGUGCGAUCGGUCGGUCCGGGGUGGCUUUCACCCGGAGGAUGGCAUUGUUUUGUGUGCGAACCAGAUCGACUCGUAUGCGCAAGUCCAGGAGACCAUCGUUCACGAGCUCGUCCACGCCUACGACGAGUGCCGCGCGUUCAUGGACUGGACUAACUGUGUCCAGCAUGCUUGCUCCGAGAUCCGCGCCGCAAAUCUCUCUGGCGAGUGCCGCUGGGCCAACGAAUUCAAUCGCGGCAACUUUAACCUCGAGGGCCAGCAGGCCGCCUGUGUCCGCCGCCGUGCCGCGCUCUCUGUCAAGGAAAACCCGGCGUGCCAGGGCUCCAAGGGCCUCGAGGCCAUCGCAACUGCAUGGGACGCGUGCUACAACGAUACACGCCCGUUUGACUACGCGCCGUAGCUCCCUCCUUCCCUCGCCCUCCUCUCACCGCCUUACGGCGCAAGUGCAAGCGCGAGCUGGGCCAUCCGCCGGCCAAACAGCCACGCAUCGCCGGGCCACCGCGCCGAGACGUACGGUAAGUGCUCGUCCUGGACCACAAAGGCAGCGCUGUCAUCGAAUAACGUUCCGCGGCCUCCGAGGAUGAGCGGGCCGGCCGCAAAAUGCUCCUGUGGUGCGUGCAUAAACGACUUGACCUCA